AUGAAAUCCAUCGCGAGGCCGUCGAGGUUUCCCAGCCCUCUCAAGGCCUCCUUGAGCUCCUCAAACUACCCGAGACUGUAUUCCAUCCUGAACCAGAAUAUCGCGAGACCCCAUUACGACCGCCCGCUCAGCAGUCGCCAUGAGCUAGAGGACAAAGUCCCAUGGCUGGCUAACCAGCCUCUACACCAGCUGAGUCUGGCCGAUCUUGUCAAACACGGCCGCCCCCCUCUCUCCGCCGAAGCCCUCCUCUCCUCGGCGCGUUUCACCCUCUCCCUGCUCCCCAUCCGCCUCGCCCACCGCAUCCAAGCCCUGCGCAACUUGCCCUACAUCGUCGUCUCUAACCCCAACAUCUCGCGCAUAUACAACAACUACCAGCACUCGCUCUCGACCUUGCUUCCCUGGCAAGGCAAGACCAUCAGCUCGCUAGACGACGAGAUCAAAUUCACCCAGGUCCUCGCCGAGCUCGUCCAAACCCACACCGACACCAUUCCCAUCCUGGCCAAGGGCUUCAUCGAAUGCCGCAAGUACAUUUCCCCCAGCGAAGUGACCCGCUUCCUCGAUGAACAUCUACGCGCGCGCAUCGGCACCCGCCUGGUAGCCGAGCAGCACAUAGCCCUGCACUACAGCUCUACGCCGCACUUCGACCCGGAAGCCUCGCCCACGCUCUGUCCAGAGCCCAAGACGCACCCGUCCUACAUCGGCGUCAUUGACACGACCCUGCGGCCCGCCAGCGUGAUCGACUCGUGCGGUGACUUUGUCGCCGACAUUUGCGAGCUUAACUACGGCGUGCGCCCCGAGUGGGUGGUGGACGGCGAACCGGACGCCACCUUUGCGUUUGUGCCCAUGCACCUCGAGUACAUUGUCACGGAACUUUUGAAGAACGCGUUCAGAGCGACCGUGGAAAACGGCAUGAGCCGCGAGCCGGUCGUGGUAACCAUUGCGCCCGAGCCGGCGAGCAGUUCCGCCAGCGCGGCGACACCCGGUGUUUACUCGGAUUAUUGCCCUCCUAGUUCUUCCCAAAAGAACUCUUCUCCUUCUUCUUCGGGUUCGAAUUCGAUUUCUUCGAGUCAACAAGGAAAAGCAGCAGCGCAACAACAACAACAACAACUACAAAAACAAGCGCAGCAUGGCAUCAUCCCGCUGCAUGACCGUGCGCCCGGGGUGACGAUCAGGAUCAGAGAUAGGGGAGGAGGCAUUAACCCGGCCGUGUUGCCGAAUAUUUGGAGAUACUCGUUCACAACGUUUAACGACGCGGAUGAUGAUGAUCAUCAUGAGUCGCCGGGGGCGUGGGGGGAGGAGGCCAUGGGGUUGAUUUCGAAUACGGGGGUGGGCGGGAGCACGAUUGCCGGGCUGGGGUAUGGGUUGCCGCUGAGUAGGGCGUAUGCUGAGUACUUUGGGGGAGGGAUUGCGGUGCAGAGUUUGUACGGAUGGGGCACGGAUGUGUACUUGAGGUUGAAAGGGGUGGGUAAGAUCGAAUAUUGAGUGUACAAACUACAUAUGUCGGGUUCGGUCGGUCGGUCGGUCGGUCGGUCGGUCCGCUGUUAUAGAUCGCAUGUCAAGUUGCCCUGCCGGUUAUGAGUAUAUAGUAUUUGGCUACGAGAUUUGAAAGAGGGUCCAUAGAAAUAUGACUUCAACGCGUCAAAUCUGGAGAAUAGAAUGUUGUGUUCAUUCC